GUGGAGCUAGGGCUUUCCACGCGAUCGACCGAACCCAGUCAGUCAGUGAUCAUUCGAUAUUGUUGCCUGGCGGACGCAAACCACAGCAACCAGAGAACUAGCGCGAGAAAAAAAAUAAGAUGAUCGCGAGUUUCGACGGUGGAAAAUAGAGGAACGCGAAUAGGAAUCAUACCGAAGUGCAUCAGUAGUGUGAUCUAGCCAGCGAGAAAGAGAAAGCACGACGAAGUUUUUGCUUCUCGUUUGGGAAAAGUCAUAUUUGCUGAAAGUAUCGAUCGCGCAAAAAUUCAAAAUCCCUAGGGCAACAUUGCGAUCAGUGGAUCAACGUAGUAGGCGUUUUUAUAAGUGUGCCGAAGAGAGUGGAAUUCCAUACAGUGGAAAACAGCCUCUGCUAGCGUCAGAUCAAAACGUAUCGAACCGGAAGUGAAGUGAUAGCUUUAGUCCUGCAUGUGAGCUGUGUUAUAAUAUCGAUUUACGUAAACUGAUAGAGGCACCAGUAGCAGUUUCAGUUUCAAUCACCGGAAAGCACAGCAGAAACUGCAAAAAUGAUUCACGUGGACGAAACCGAUCCCGUUGGUGAUGCGCCACCGCCAUUUCCUUAUCGUGAGGUUAAGAUUGAACGCGACGUCGAUGCCAAACAGUUGUACGAGCUGAGCACAGAAAUUGGAAGGGGCAAAUUCGGAGUCGUACAUGUCUGCAAGGAAAAAUCCACCGGCACCCGGCUGGCGGCCAAAUUCAUCCAGAUCGUCAAGAAGGGCGACCGGCGAAACAUCGAGCGCGAAGUUCACAUGAUGAAUGUUCUGCGCCAUCCGAAGAUCGCUCAGCUGUACGGCGCAUACGAAUUCGAUCGUACCUUCUGCAUGGUCAUGGAGCUGGUUGAAGGAGGCGAGUUGUUUGAUCGUGUGCUGGACGAGAAGUUUAUCCUAACGGAGAAGGCUUGCUCGAUUUUCAUGCGACAGAUUUGCGACGCGAUUGGCUAUAUCCAUAGCAACAACAUUGUACACUUGGAUCUGAAACCGGAGAACAUCCUGUGCCUCACAGAGAGCGGGAACCGGAUAAAAAUCAUCGAUUUCGGCCUGGCCCGUGAGUACGAUCCGGACAAUAAGCUGCAGGUGCUGUUUGGGACGCCAGAAUUUGUAGCACCGGAAGUGGUCAACUUUGAGGCGAUCAGCUUCGCAACAGACAUGUGGAGCGUGGGCGUAAUCGCAUAUGUGCUCGUGUCCGGCCUUUCCCCCUUCGCUGGCGAAGACGAUAUUCAGACCAUGGCAAACAUCACGAUAGGCCGAUAUGACUUCCUGGACGAAGCAUUUGACACCGUGUCCGAAGAAGCGAUAGACUUCAUCAACCGAUGCUUGGUAAAAGAACAAAAGGAACGAAUUACUGCAGAACAAGCCCUAAAACACAAGUGGAUCAAACGAAAACCGCAGUACUAUCCGACCAAUCGACGACCUUCCAUCACCACCUUUAAACCUGUGCGGUUAGAAACCAAUGAUAGCAACAACAAUAGUAACAACAAGUCCGACGCCGAGAUCGACAAAGAAAACCUCAAAGAACUGGUCACCAAGUGGAACGAGAAUCCGAAUAAUCGCUACGCCUUCGAACAGGCAACGGAGAAUGUCAUCUCGCCCAGUGGAGAAACGGUUCAAAUUCGACGCCCAGAUGCCGGCAGCCGGCGGGGCAGCUUAGCUAGAGGCGACGAAGACCCGUUGCUACUAUCCCCAUCAUCGUCAACUUCCUGUUGUUCGUCUUCGUCACCACUCUCAUCGGAAGUGAGCGCUACUAACCUACUGCACCAACCACCGAACAGUGAGAGUUUCAUCAAUUCCCCGCACCAAUCGAACCAUGCAUCAUCUCGCCCCGCAUUAGUGCCAUUAGAAGUAGUUUCUAACAUCACAGAACCGAGUGCCAACGAAAUUGAAAACACCAACAUUAGUCGUAAUUGCAAUACUAGCAGCAGUAGCCUAAGUAGUUGUAGUAGUUUCGAGCGAUCUUCUACUGUUCAACCAGCCUCGCACGGAAUGUUGUCACCAUCUGAUCACCAUUCUCGUUCAUAUUUCUCAGAUCAUCAAAAUUUGCAAUCGCAACAGCAGCAGACUCUACCGGAAAUGGUCGUUCAACCCACUCAAGUCAAGGUAUGUGAUGAGUUACGAAUGCUGUCCGAUUUACUAAAACUAUCUACCACCAUCCAAUAUAAGGAACCCGUGCCAGAACACCCCCAACAAUCAUCCUCACAACAACCACAGACACAGAACAAUAUCCCAACGACACCACAGAGUAACGGUUCAAGUACCCCCGUGACCCCACUAAGCCCCAUCACUCUCAGCACGGCCGAACUGGACACGGACCUGGAGAGUCUCAAGACCAAGGUUAAAACCAAAACGUCAAAGGCGCAGAACAAGCUAAACGAACUUGCGCAGCAACCGGAGUUCCUCUCGAACGAAACCUUCAAACUGCAGACGUUCAAGUUCCUGCCCAAAUCGAUCAGUCUGUGCAACGACGAUUCAGUAUUCAAAGAAAACUACACCAAGUUCUGUGAUCGCAACGCAAUUCUGAAACCUCCUCACGUUCAAGAAUCAUCGUCCGCGGCGUCCGAGGAAGUGACUUCCAGCAGUAGUUCCACGACGACGACGACAACCGAAGUCUCCGAGGGUACCAAGGUGAUCGUGACGAAAACAACCAAGAGCACCAAAACGGCAGCCGACGGCACGAAAACCGUCACCGUUCGGAAGACGAUCGUCAAGCAGAAGAAGAUCACCGAAGAAGCCACCGACAAGGACAAGCUCAAGACCCAAAACAGUCUCACGCAGCAGGAUCAGGCCACAGUCAAGCGGACCAAGUUCCGCGUCAACCAGAUGAGCAGCAGGGACGUCCCUGUUGCGAACGUGGCCAAACGAUACCUGGAGCAGAACCGACUGAUCGCCAACGCCGCGUCCGUCAACCUUCCCAAGGAUGACUGCAUUGUCAAGAAGAUCCACAAGACCAGCCUCGUGAACCACUUCCAGCAACAAACCACAGCGUCCCACACCGAAACGGCCAACAAUUUGAAAAACUCGAUGAAAACCCGUAGCAUUUCCGUCGACUGGGACGCCGUCAAUGCGGUCGAGAACCGAUCGAUGAAAACGAUCAAUUCCUUCCUGAGACGGACCUCGGCUACCACCGCCGGAUCGGCCGUCAAACAGAUCCAAGCCCAGAUCGAGGCUAGUAUUCACAAGUAGGCUCCUUUCAUGAUCGGCUACUCUUUCUGGGGACAUGCGCUUAGCAUCCAUUCGUUGGACAAAUUUAUGUGCGUGUUAACGUCUAUUGGAUAUAAAAGUGCGUGAUGUCAAAGACACGAUCGAGUUCAUAAUAAGUCGUUUCCUUCAUAACUUAACUCUAGUCAUUCAAUGUUAUGUCAUCAUUACUCAUGAUCAUUUCCCCAUCUCAUACCAUCGUUUAUCUGUUCACACAUUUCAAAUGUCCCUAUCGCACCAUGUUUACAAUAAUUGAUAUUUAUUAUAUCGAAGUAUUUCGAUUCAUGAAACUGUUAGUAAUUUUAUCUAAUGUGUUACCUGGAUGGUAAACAGAAAAUAAACGAAUCUUGUCAAAUGAAAAAAAAAAAAUCAAUCCAAAACAUGUUAGGAUUUACGAUAAAUGAUAAAUUACCACAGUGAUACACAGAAGGAUACAUACUUGCAACGCAGUGAAGAAGCAUGUAGCUAAAUUGUAUAUACUCAGAAUAUCUGAAUAAAGUAAAUAAAAGAUAUUAAAUGGUUAAAAUA